AUGGCUGGCCCAAUCUCAGAUAGUGAUAAACAAGGGACCAAGGAUGGCACCACCAUCCACCUUGUCGAGCCACAAGAGCAGUCGCACAGCAGGUCCUUCUUGUCCCUCUUUAAGCGGACGGAAAAAGUCGACCUGGAUGCUACAGCAACCACAAAGAGCGUCUUCGACGACCCUGUGCUGGCCAAAUACUACCUCCCACAUCCACAAUAUGAGAACCUGCACCGAUUCGAUCCUGACUUCCGGUGGACCUAUCGCAAAGAGAUAGCCGUCAGACGCAAGACGGACCUCAAGAUCUUCCUCUGGAUCCUGGUGAUGUUCUUCGGCCUUAACCUUGACCGGGGCAAUCUAGGCAAUGCGUCUGCCGAUAGUCUUCUUCCGGACCUGCACAUCAACACCAACGACUUUAACAACGCGCAGAAUAUGUACCAGAUCGGAUUUCUGAUUGCGGAGAUCCCCUCUCAGAUGGUCGGCAAGCGGCUUGGCCCUGAUCGCUGGAUCCCCGUGCAGAUCAUCCUCUGGAGUCUGGCCUCCGGGGGACAGUUCUUCAUCCACAAGCGGGCCGGCUUUUUCGCUUGA